GCCACGAGUCGCGGCUCCCGCGGGCGGUGGGCGGGCGGAGGGAAGCACCGGACCGCCAGCUCUCGCUGCAGCCCAGGGCGGCCGCCGGCGGGAAACCCGGGGGCCGCAGAGGGACCGCCUGCUGCGGGGAGGCGAGGACCGGGGCUGGGCUGCCCUCACCCGGGAAAAGAAGAGAGAGAGAGAGAAACAUCAGUUUGACAGAGAAACAUCCAUUGGUUGCCUCUCAUUGGCUACUUGACUGGGGAUCAAACCUGCAACCCAGAUAUCUUCUUUUCCCAUAACUUCGCUGCCCUGAAAUCUGAGUACUCCACCAAGAUAACAUGAUAGGCACUUUCAGUGGUUCAGAGCCAUAUCCUACUUAGACUCAUGUAGGCCGUCCAGAUUGCCUGGGCUUGGUACAGAGACACGCCGCUUGCUGAUCGGCACAAGCAAUAAUGCCAUCUCUGCCUCAGGAAAGAGUUAUUCAGGGACCCUCUCCCUUGGAUCUGAGUACAGAAUUGUCUUAUGAAAGCACUAUGAAAAGGAAAGUCACAAAGAAGAAAAAGAAGGGAAUAAUCACAGCAAAUGUGGCCGGGACAAAGUUUGAAAUUGUUCGUUUAGUGAUAGAUGAAAUGGGAUUUCUGAAAACUCCAGAUGAGGAUGAAACGAGUAACCUUAUAUGGUGUGAUUCUGCAGUUCAGCAGGAGAAGAUUGCAGAGCUGCAAAAUUACCAGAGGAUCAACCACUUCCCAGGAAUGGGGGAGAUCUGUAGGAAGGAUUUCUUAGCAAGAAAUAUGACCAAAAUGAUCAAGUCACGGCCUCUGGAUUAUACCUUUGUUCCUCGAACAUGGAUCUUCCCUGCUGAAUAUACUCAGUUCCAGAACUAUAUGAAAGAAUUGAAGAAAAAAAGAAAGCAGAAAACUUUUAUAGUGAAACCAGCUAAUGGUGCAAUGGGUCAUGGGAUUUCUUUGAUAAGAAAUGGGGACAAACUGCCAUCUCAGGAUCAUCUGAUUGUUCAGGAAUACAUUGACAAGCCUUUCCUGAUGGAAGGUUACAAGUUUGAUUUACGGAUCUAUAUUCUGGUAACAUCAUGUGAUCCACUAAAAAUAUUUCUGUACCACGACGGACUUGUGCGCAUGGGAACAGAGAAGUACAUUCCGCCUAAUGAGUCCAAUUUGACCCAGUUGUACAUGCACCUGACUAACUACUCUGUGAACAAGCACAAUGAGCAUUUUGAAAGGGAUGAAACCGAAAACAAAGGCAGCAAACGCUCCAUCAAAUGGUUCACAGAAUUCCUGCAAGCAAACCAGUAUGAUGUUACUAAGUUCUGGAGUGACAUUUCAGAGUUGGUUGUUAAGACCCUGAUUGUGGCAGAGCCUCAUGUCCUGCACGCGUAUCGGAUGUGCCGGCCUGGUCAGCCUCCGGGAAGUGAGAGUGUCUGCUUUGAGGUCCUGGGCUUUGACAUUUUGUUGGACAGAAAACUAAAGCCAUGGCUUCUGGAGAUCAACCGCGCCCCGAGCUUCGGAACUGACCAGAAAAUAGACUACGACGUGAAGAGAGGGGUGCUGCUGAACGCGCUGAAGCUGCUGAACAUCAGGACCAGUGAUAAAAGGAGAAACUUGGCCAAACAAAAAGCUGAGGCUCAACGGAGGCUUUAUGGUCAAAAUUCAAUAAGAAGGCUCUUACCAGGCUCCUCAGACUGGGAACAGCAGAGACAUCAGUUGGAGAGGCGGAAAGAGGAGUUGAAAGAGAGACUUGCUCAAGUACGAAAGCAGAUUUCCAAAGAAGAACAUGAAAAUCGACACAUGGGGAAUUAUAGACGAAUUUAUCCUCCUGAAGACAAGACUCUACUUGAAAAGUAUGAAAAUUUGUUGGCUGCUGCCUUUCAGACCUUUCUUUCAGGAAGAGCAGCUUCAUUCCAGCGAGAGCUGAAUAAUCCUUUGAAAAAGAUGAAGGAGGAAGAUAUCUUGGAUCUUCUGGAGCAAUGUGAAAUCGAUGAUGAAAAGUUGAUGGGCAAAACUGCCAGGCCUCGAGGACCAAAGCCUCUGUGUUCCAUGCCCGAGAGCACGGAGAUAAUGAAAAGACAGAAGUACUGGAGUAGCGACAGCAGUUACGACAGCAGCAGCAGCUCCUCUGAUUCAGAAGAAAAUGAAAAAGAAGAGUACCAACAUAAGAAACAAGAAAAGCAAGUUACUUAUAAUCUUAAACAGUCCAACCACUACAAAUUAAUUCAACCAUCCAGCUCCAUAAGGCGUUCAUUCAGUUGCCCUCGGUCCAUCUCUUCUCAGUCACCUUCUAGUGCAGAUAUCCGGCCCCUUUCUGCUCAACAAACGAUGCCAGCAUCCCGGCCAACUUCAGCCUCUCGGUCACAUUCCUUAAACCGUGCCUCCUACAUGAGGCAUGUGCCACAAAGUAAUGAUGCCAGCUCUGUCAACUCUCAGAUGAGCAGGUCUUUGCGGCGCCUGAGAACGAAAGAGCAAGAAGACGAUCUAACGAGUCAGACCUUGUUUGUUCUCAAGGACAUGAAGAUCCGGUUUCCAGGAAAGUCAGAUGCAGAAACAUUAAUUCUGGUAGAAGAUAUCAUUGGUAACUGGAAGCAUCAUAAAACAAAAGUGGCUUCAUAUUGGCUCAUAAAAUUGGACUCUGUAAGACAGCGAAAAGUUUUGGACAUAGUAAAAACAAGUAUUCGUACAAUUCUUCCACGCAUCUGGAAGGUAACUGAUGUUGAUGAAAUAUAUUUAUAUCGGAUUUUUAACCGGGUUUUUAAUCGCUUACUCUGGAGUCAUGGCCAGGGACUGUGGAAUUGUUUCUGUGAUUCAGGAUCCUCCUGGGAGAGUAUUUUCAGUAAGAGCCCUGAGGUGGUGACUCCUUUGCAGCUCCAGUGUUGCCAGCGCCUGGUUGAACUAUGUAAACAGUGCCUGCUAGUGGUUUACAGACACACAACUGAUGCAAGAGGAUCACUCUCAGGCAUUUGUACUGAUUGGGGUAAUUCCAGGUAUUUACUCCCGAGCAGUACACAAUUCUUCAUGAAAACACCAACCUACAACUUGAAGUACAGUUCACCUGGAAUGACUCGCUCCAGUGUUUUGUUUACAUCCCGAUACGGCCAUUUGUGAAGUAGAAGGGAAGACCACCAGCGGUUAUGCAUAGGAGCAGUUCAUUUUCCCCCUAAUGUAAACAUGCAAAGGAAGUAACCAUUAAGUGCUGUUUUAUGUAUAUAUGACGUAUAUAUGUGUGAAAUAUAGACACACAUUUACUCAAAUAACAUGUAUAUUUAUUAUAAUACAUAAAAGAAGAGUUAGCAGAAAACUUGGAUAUAUAAGAUUUAACCUUUCUGGAAAUGUAAUAAACCAUGUUAAUAUUGUUUACAAAUAUGUGAAUGUCUAGAAUUUGCCAGGUUUAUAAAUACCUUCCUACUAGAAAUGUUAUUUUUGCUGCAGAGUAUAUGAAACAGAAUUGAUCUUGAAGAUCCCAUAACAGUGUUAAAUUAUUUUCUAGAUGACAUGUCUGACUUAAAAAAAUUAAUAGUAUAAUACCUUAUUCUCUUAUGUAUAGAGUAGCCAUAUAAAAUGAAGAAAAAUUAGAAGCCUGGUGUUGCUCUGAUGGUAGGAUUAAUAUGAAACGGGUUUAUCAUUACUAUAGUACACUGUAAAGUGCUAUAAAAAUCUCACCCUAACUCUUCAACAUUUUUAUUUCUCCAUGUGCAAAUUUAGCUACUUAUGGUAAUGUAAAUUUUCAGUAAGGAUCUAGUGAGAUCCUAUUCUGAUCUAAAAUGGAAGACAAUCCAGUGGGUUAAGAAUAAACAAAAUAUAAAUUAAAUUUGCUUUCAUUUUUACUUUACAUUGAGAGUUUCAUAAAGGCAAAAAAAAUGAUGACAAUGACAAAGUCUUCUCAUGAUUUUGGCAUCUCAUACCACUAGUUUUUAUUUGGAAAGUGUAUCUCCAGUGGGCGUAUACAGUCAAAUACAGUUUUUUCUAUUCUUCAGAAGUGGAAGAGUUGACAUUUCAAACUCAUGUUGGUGUUAUAUGGUAAUGCGUCACAUUUGUUUUAUGUCUUUCAAUUUUGAGACCAAAUUAAACCGUAGUCUAGUCCAGUUGCACAUUGCGCCACAGAAAAUAAUCUACAGUAUUGCAAAUAGAAGAUUCUGAUUACUGGAUAUUAUUAGUUAGGGUGUACCCUUAAGAAUUUUAAAAAAUCAAAAAAGUAUGAGAUUUCUUCUUGUUCAGAGUUAAUAUGCAUAACUUUCAUAGGAGUUUACUUCCAUUUCUUGAGCCCUGGCUGGUGUGGUUCAGUGGAUUGAGUGCCACGUUAUGAACCAAAAGGUUGCUGGUUCAGUUCCCAGUCAGGGCACAUGCCUGGGUUGUGGGCCUAGUCCCCAGUUGGGUACAUGCGAGAGGCAACUGAUUGAUAUAUCUCUCAUAUAGCGAUGCUUCUCACCCUCUCUUUGUCUCUCCCUGCUCCUCUCUGUAAAAGUAAAUAAAUAAAAAAAAUAUAUAAUGAGUUUUCAGCAUUCCAUGAAAACAUACACUGCCAUUGAUAUGGGAAUCCUUAGAAAUUGCAAUAUUUACUUUUUACAAUUUUGUUUCAACUUCUCUGCCACAUUUUAUUUUCUCACAGAUGCUAAUUAUCUGCAAAAUUUAUGAUCAUUUUAUGCCCUUUUAUUGUCCUAAAAGCUAUUUUCAGUAAAUCAGUUCCCAAGAUGGAAAACUGAGGGAAGCAAACUAUCCUGGUUUAAUUCACAAGCUGAAUCAUUGGCAACCCAAAGUUGUAAGUUAGAUAUACUUUGUUUUUAAAGCCAUAUGCUGAGUCUGUGUUAGACUAGAUUAGGUUGUUCUCUGAAUUAUUGCUAGUUACUUGAUUGUUUAUGACUAUUUAACACCCAUUUUCUGGUAGGUACUUCUUGCUAGAUGAUCCCAGAGAAGAACUUGUUAUUGUCUUUGUGAAAAAAGGAGCAUAAGGAUGUCAAGAUAAAGGAAAUUACUGCGUGAUCUAAGUGUUUAUGACUUCAUUUUGUAAAUUCUUAAGCAUGUGUUAUAGAUUUCUUAGAAUAAAUAAUGCAAAAGUGGGGAUAUUACAAAAUCAUAAGAAUGAUCAGGAAAUAGGCCUUUUUAAGGAGUAUUUUUAGUCACUUUUCUUUUAAAAUCACACUUUCCCAUGAAUGAAACACAAUUUCAGGUGUCUGGUAUAUGAUAUCAAUGCUUUUUGUUGGUUCCUAACUUACAUUAGUUUAAAUAAAACAUGGUUAUUUAAUUUGCUGGAGUGGGUGCCUUUGAACUUCAGUCCUUAGUUGUGCAAGAGUGUAAUUUUAUUUAAAACAAAAAAAGGAGAAUGUCCAACUUGGGGAUGCAUCGUCUCCUCCUAGCAAUACACAGCACACACACAUACACUCAAAGCAUUUUAAAAUCGAGAGCAACUUUAAAUAUAGGAACUACCCAAAUAAUUGAUGAAAAAUUUCAUUUCUCUAGCUACUUAAGUCUGCCUUGUAUUUUUGAACACUAGAAUUUCAUUGCCCACAUUCGCCUCUUCAUACUGAUCUAGUUUGAUAUGAUGAAGCCGAGAAAAGCCAGGUAUUAGUAAUUAUGUACACUGCGGGGUAUGCGUGGUCUGUGGUUGCUGGGGUGCUUUUCCCCUAAUGAGAACCCAACGAGAGAGGACACAGGAGUAAACUGGAGGUCUCUAGUGGCCACAGAAAUGUUUUGGAGGUGGAAUGUAAUCCUUCGUUUCUAUUACAAUAUUUUUAAAUUAACGGGGUUAAAACAUAUCAGUGUAAGUGAUGGUGUGGAUCUGACUCUCUUUCUCUUUCCCCUGAGAGAGACAAUAGGUUUAUCUGAAAAAUCCAGAAGCUAUUUAAUUUCACCAGGAGUUUUUAAAGGGAAUUUGGUUUACUUAUGAUGAAAGUAUAUUUUUAUUCUGUUAUUAAGAAAGUAAUCCUGAUCUGUAAAUCUAAGAUUGGAAUGCUUCCUAGAAAUGUAUAUGAUUAGAAUGAUUUCCAGAAUUGUUCAAAAAGCAAUUUUUUACUUUAUAUCAUCUAUGAACACAGUUUGCAAUGCAGAUUAGUUUUCACUUUAAUAAUCCAACAUUGUAGAUUGGUUGCCACUUGUAAUCUGUUGAAGGAUAUAUUGUGAUUCUUAUCAUGGUUAUUUUGACUAGGUUUUAUUUUACUAGCAGUUAUUUAUCUUGCUUGCAUAAAAAUAAAGCUGUGAUAGAAUCAGAUAGAGAAAUGCUACCAGUAACCUCUGCUAGAACAUAGUUGAAUAUCUCUGGUUAUCUGCAAGAUGCAAAGAUUUAGACACACUUUUUGUAGAGCUAAAUACACAAAAAGUUUCUACUAAUUCCUUUUCCCUAAAACUGACAUGAACGAAACUCAAAUUAAAAAAAUCCCAGUUUUUACAGCUAGAUGACAGUAGUUUCUAGACAUCAAGAAAAGCUUUCAUCCUAAUUCUCUUUUUAACUUGGAAAGUAUAUGAUUAUAGAAUUUUGUUAUCUAACUGGAAAUUUAAGAUGGUUUCGUAUAAGUUAAUACAAAUUUUUUCUUUAAGCCAUUCUGUUUAAGAAUUCUCUUUAAAUCUAAACAUAACAUUUCUUGACCUUUUCGAAAUACCAAAAACUUAAUAGUUGCAUAAAUGCUACUAUUUCUGUUAAGCAUUGAUUCAUUCUUAAGUGAAUUCUUAUGAUUCAUUUAAUGAAUCCUAAAUGAUUCAUUCUUAAAGAAUUUUCUUUAAAAAAUAAUAGCAGAUACAUUGAGAAGAAUGACAGAAAAUACCCUUCUGUUUUGCUGUCUAAUGCUGAUUUAUAUUUUGUUUUAACUUGAUUAUGCAUGUUCAACAAUAAAAACUGUAAGUACAAUUAAUGUGUUUCUGUGACUUGAUAAUUAUUGAAAAUUUGCUUUCCUCUUUAAGAGAUUUAAAUUGUCAAGAGCUGAAUUAGUUAUCUAAAUGUUUUGGCUAAUGGUAUAUAUUAAAAAAUUAGGAAUAUAUUAAUGAUCAAAAUUUUAUUCCUUACCCCUCCCUCUCUCCCUUCAUUCCUUGCUUCCUUUCUUCCACCUUUUAAACUUUAAGUUCUCUUUGAAGUUUUGACCUUUGCAUGGGCAAAGUGAAGAAGAGAAAAACCUGCCUUGUUUUUGCCUCAGCUACAAGAAAAGAUAAUGUGAUGGAUCUAGUUCAGUUAGUCUGCUGAGGUUUUUGGGAAUCAGGUUGAAGUCUCUAUGCCUAAAAAGUACUGAUUGCCUGGAUCCAUGUGAAGCCAGCUACAUGGCUACAAAUAACAUUCUUGAAAACAGAUAUUGGUGUAUUAAAACUUAUUUCACACUUUGAGAUGGCUGCCCCUUGUGUGUGUAUUUUUUUUGCAUUGUCAUAAAUAAGUGUAUGGUGUAUUGAAGGAAAACCAUUCAGAUAACACAUUCUGCAUUAACUGGGCUGUAUUAUCUAAGAAUUGCUACAUAUAGUUUUUAUUUUUCCUACCAAUGAACUUGAAAACUCUUGGUAUAGUCAUCAUUCAAUAGACUAAUAUUUUCUAAAUUAGUAAGAAGAACACCUUACAGAAAUAAUCAGGUAGUGCUGAUAUCUCUCAAAGCCAAGCAAUGGCAGUUCUUGGUCUCGAGCUGCUCACUUCCUGCAGUAACUGCUGUACUUGCUACAGCACCAAACAUUAAUAGAUUUGCUGAAGAUUCUGGGUUUGAAGAUUAACUUGAAAGCAAUGUGUUUGCUACCAUGAAUCAUGACUCAAAUUACCCUCCUCUGCUUUACUAUGUGUAUAUAAAUGCAAAUGUUGUUACAGAAAAUACGCUUAAAAUGUCCACACAAUGUGCAAUUAGUAUGACAUUGUCAUGUUUCUGCAUGUGA